AUGACGUCUCAGCGCGCUCCUCUAGAGCCCUUAGUCCCUCAUCCCAGAGCCCCGGUGGUCCCCCAGGCCUCCAUCAUCCCGCCACCCCCAUUGCCGCCUCCCGCGCCUGCUUCAGGGCCUGCGCCCCCUCACGUCUUCGGCCUGGAAAAAAGUCAUCUCCUGAAGGAGGCCUUGGAGAAGGCGGGCCCUGUCCCCUCGGGCAGAGAGGACGUGAAGAGGCUUCUGAAGCUGCACAAGGACCGUUUCAGAAAUGACUUGCAGUGGAUCCUUUUCUGUGCUGAACUGCCAUCCCUCAUCCAAGAAGGCCCUCAGUGCGGGCUGGUGGCCUUAUGGAUGGCAAGCACCCUCCUGGUACCCCCUGAUGGGGUCCCCCUGGACAGACUUCUGCAGGUGGCACUGGAGAGAGGCUACACAGCCCAGGGGGAGAUGUUCUCCGUGGCUGACAUGGGCAAGCUGGCCCAGGAGGUGUUGGGCUGCCACACCGAGCUGCUCUGUGGUGGCCUGGGUGGUCCCAACAGAGACUACAUCCUGCAGCACAUCAUCGCCGGUCACCCCCUGCUCGUUCCCUACGAUGAGGACUUCAACCAUGAGCCUUGUCAGAGGAGGGGCCACAAGGCCCACUGGGCUGUGAGUGCAGGGGUCCUCCUGGGGGUGGUGGCUGUGCCGAGCCUUGGCUAUGCCGAAGACCCUGAGCUGGCAGGCCUGUUCCACCCAGUGCCCAGCACACCCUACCAGCCGCCACCCCUGCCAGAGGAAGGCUUCUCGGGAGCCAUCUACCUCCUCUCCAAGCAGGGCAAGAGUUGGCACUACCAGCUGUGGGAAUACGGCCAGGUCCAGGAGAGCAACCUGCAGCUGACAGACUUUGCGCCGUCGCGGGCCAUGGAUGGCAGGGCCUACGUGGUACCUGCUGGUGGGGUGCGCUCUGGCCUCUGUGGCCAAGCUCUGCUCCUCAGACAGCAUGACACCAGCCACUAG